CCGGCCCCCACGACUCAGCCCGCAACCGCAAGCAAAUUCGCAUCGGCAUCUCGCUCUCGCAAGGGGGGAGGGGGAAACUGGCUCCAACCCUAACCCUACCCUCUCCCGUCGCCAUGGCCGCCGGCGGAGAGCCCUCCCCGUCGCCGUCGCCGCUGCCGCUCUCACCCGCCAAGCACUCUCGCUCGCCCGACGACGCCCAGCCCGACGCCUCCCCGAAGCGCCGCAAGCGCCACCAUCACCGACGCCACCACCACCACCGUCGCCACCGUCACGCCGACUCUCCGGUAGCCGUGGCGGCCGACGACGAGGUAGAGGAGGGGGAGAUACUCGACGAUGCCGCCGCCGCUAUGGACGUCGACGCUGAUUCCGCCCCCCCACAGGCUUCCCUUGUUCCGGAGCGCCUUAACAAUGGUGCUGAUACAGACUCAAAUGCAGAUGCAACCAAGCUGCAAGCAUCUGCUCUGCCUACCCUUCCAUCCUCAAAAGACGGAAGGAAGUCACUUAACAGUGCCCCUGAGUCUGAAAGCGGAGGUAUCCUUUCAAGUGAUGCUGAGGACACCAAAGGGUAUGAACAAAGCCAAAGCCUUUCGAAAUCUCCAAAAUCUAGAAAGGAGAAGGAAAGGAGGCACAGAGAUGAGCGUCACUCUUCGUCAUCUAAAGAUUAUCAUUCCAAAAAUCACUCUAGAACAUCUCCUCACCCAAGGCAUCACAGUGAAGCUCAUCCAAGGGAUCACUCGAGGUCUAGAGAGAAAAGUGAUGGUGCUAAUGGUUCUCGUGCAAGUCUUAGGGAUGGUUCUGAUCAUGACAGCAAUGAUCGGAAUGGGAAGUCUGGCAGACAUACUACUAGCAGACAGGAGAAUGAAAGGGAAAGGGGCAAUAUCCAUCUUGUUCAUGAUAGACCUGGUGACAGACAUGGUAGCCAGGAAAGGUAUAGGGAUGUCAGGAUAGAUAGAGACAAAGUUGAUUCACUUGAAGCUACCCGUAGGCUCAGAGAAAGAAGCAGGAGUCGUAGUAGAUCGGAUCUAAGGGAAAGGGCUCGUGUUCGUGACCAAAGCCGGGAGAGGGAAAGACAGAGUGGUAGUUCAAGGCAUAAAGAUCAUGAGAGGAAGAGGGAUACAAGUAAAGAUCGGCAUAGAGAAUCUGACAGGGUUGACAGUGUACGUGAAAGGGAGAGAGUGAGAGAUGAUAGGGACAGGGACAGGGAAUGGCAUAGGGUUAAGGGAAGUGAAACUCGUAGAGCCAGAGAAGGACGGGACAACGUUACCGAUAUUGAGAGGCACAGGGAUUCAACGCGCUCAAGAUACAGCACAUCUGAAGGUUACAAAGAGAGGGCUAGAUCCAGGGAGAAAGAUAGAGAUGUUGACCACAAAAGUCGGAGGUCUGAAGAAAUGAAGGAAAACUCUUUCAACAAGGAGGAAGACGAAGAGGAGUACCAAGAGAAAAUUGAACAGCAGUUAGCUAUGCAGGAAGAAGACGACCCUGAAAAAAUUAAGGAGGAAGCAAGGAGGAGGAAAGAAGCCAUUAUGGCGAAGUACAGGCGGCAACAAUCUCAGAAGCAGCAUAUGGAAUCCAAACUAAGUAGCAAUAAUGAAGAAGUAAGAGCAAUGGAUGGAGAUGAAACUACGCAUCUGAAAGAUGAUAAUGAUAGCAGCUCCACAGGCAAUUAUGAAGCUGAAAAUAAGCAUGAUUCUUCAGAGGUUUUUGCUGGCAAAGCAGACUUCACUGUGGGGAAGUCUCCUGCUCACAAUGACACUUUAGUUAGCACAGGAGCACUCAGUGAUGAGAGGAUGAUAGGUGUUGCAGGUCUUGGAGAGGGUUCUCCCAAGAGUGAGAGAUCAGCAGACAUGUUUUGUGAUGACAUUUUUGGAGAAUCACCUGCAGGCAUUAGAAAAUCGGGCAAGGAUGAUGGUUUGCAUAUUGAGAGAAAUGCUCUUCAUGACAACUGGGAUGAUGCAGAUGGGUACUACACUUACCGGUUUGGGGAAUUGAUGGAUGGCCGUUACGAAAUCACAGCAGCACAUGGGAAGGGUGUGUUCUCAACAGUUGUGCGGGCAAAAGAUCUUAAAGCUGGUAAAGAUGAUCCUGAAGAAGUUGCUAUCAAAAUUAUUCGCAACAAUGAUACAAUGUACAAGGCUGGUAAGCAAGAGGUUUCAAUAUUGGAAAAACUUGCAAGUGCGGAUCGCGAGGACAAACGCCACUGCGUGCGGUUUAUUUCUAGUUUCAUGUACCGGAACCAUCUUUGCUUAGUUUUUGAAUCUCUCAAUUUGAAUCUUCGUGAGGUAUUAAAGAAAUUUGGUCGUAAUAUCGGGCUUAAACUAACUGCGGUGAGGGCAUAUUCAAAGCAGCUCUUCAUUGCCCUGAAGCACCUGAAGAACUGCAAAGUCUUGCACUGCGAUAUAAAGCCGGACAAUAUGUUGGUGAAUGAGGCUAAGAAUGUGCUCAAGCUAUGUGAUUUUGGUAAUGCUAUGCUUGCUGGCAUGAAUGAGGUUACACCUUACCUUGUCAGUCGUUUCUAUCGGGCACCUGAGAUCAUUCUUGGGUUACCCUAUGACCAUCCAUUAGACAUGUGGUCAGUUGGCUGCUGUCUAUAUGAGCUUUACACCGGGAAAGUCUUGUUCCCAGGUCCAUCAAACAAUGCCAUGCUUCGGCUUCAUAUGGAAUUAAAGGGCCCAUUCCCUAAGAAGAUGCUUCGAAAAGGUGCCUUUACAGUGCAACACUUUGACCAAGAUCUUAAUUUUCAUGCUACUGAGGAGGAUCCUGUGACAAAAAUGGCUGUGAGAAGGUUAAUUUUGAACAUUAAACCAAAGGACAUUGGUUCUUUGAUUUCGAACUUUCCUGGCGAGGAUCCAAAAAUGCUGUCCAGUUUUAAAGAUCUCCUUGAUAAAAUAUUUAUAUUAGAUCCUGAAAAGAGGAUAACCGUAUCACAAGCACUUAGCCAUCCUUUUAUCACUGGCAAGUGAAAUAAGAUGCUGAUUGCUCUUGACAUUGAACUUAGCAUCUACCUUGUAAAGUACAAUUUGGGUUCCUCUUGUCUAAUCAUCGACAUUUCUGUCUUGUGUCCUGGGAGCUAUGAGACCAAGUACAUGGAUGAAGCACGGAACUAUGGAAGAGACGGCUAUCUGCAGACCUUGCUGCAUGCACUUAUCAUUUGGAUAUGUUCUGUUGCUUGAUUCUGCCAGGGCCUCUGCUGUGUGCACAUUUUAUAUGCUUAAGGGCCAACAUAAGAAGGUCCUCGGAUGGAGAUAGCUGGACCCACUACUCACUUGACAGGGUUUGGUCACUAAAAUUUGUGUAUGGCGCGUCUGCUACCCCCCAAAGAGGGAGUGUGUGUGCAUGUUUUUUUGGGUGUGGGUGUUGUAACCCCUAACCCUUCCCUUUGCACUAUAUUUAGAACCAUGGGCAUCUCAUUUGUAUCCAAGCUAACAAAUGUGAGUUGAAAAGAGAGUUUUAUUUUUCCACACGUUAAUAAAGAAACACUGGUGGUAUUAGCUUAUUUUGUUAUCUGGAGGCUGAAAGUUCACCACAUAAUUUCUAUUCAAGUUCUAUUCUGCUUUAUUCUUCAGGAUCCUAUUUUCCUUGUUGGUCAGUUUGAACCUAUUGCAGUCCAUAAGUGGCCAUGUGAAUGACAGUAGUUUCUCAUGUUGGAUCCCUGUAAAUACUUUCUUGUGUUGGAUGUAGUUGUGUUUAAGUUAACUUUUUCAUCUGUAGUACUUUCUGGUAAAUUUAAAGAACCCGGCAUGAAAGUGCCUUAGAAAUUGCAGCCCA